GCAUAAAAAGAAGUUUUGCUUUGAGGAGAUGUGGCUACGGGAUGCUAGCUGUCAAGAGAUAAUUUGAAAUAGUUGGCUUUUUGUUAAUGGAGCAGCUGGACGUGGCGGAAUGAUGGGUGGACUUGGAAUUUUACAAGGAACGGUGUCUUCUCUGUCCAAACUGGGUACCACUAUGCCUUGGAGAUGAGGAGUAGUCACGUUGGCCCCUCUGUGUCUUUAGGCAAUGUUGGAGGGGGAUGCUGAUGCUCCUGAAAAGUAUGAUAUCUAUCUUGGGAAGAAAACAAUUAGAGCUUUUGUGCAUCCUGUGCUGAAAGAUUUGGGGGUAAGGCAAGUGGGACUUGGGCAACAGUUUAGUAAAACAAGAUGGAGCCCUCCUGACAUGAGUCAUGUGAAGAUCAAUACAGAUGGAGCCACAUUAGGUCAGCAACAAAACUUUGGCAUGGGAGUUGUGGCACAUGAUCAUGCUGGUAAUGUGGUGGCUGCAAUGGCAUGUAAAGGGCAAAGAGCAGUGGCCACUGAGAUAGUUGAGGCAUGUUCACUGCAUAAAGCGUUACAAUGGGCUCGAGGCCUUUCUUUUGAUAGGAUAAUUCUCGAAUCAAAUUGUGCAAACAUCGUCACAGCCAUGCAAAAUGAUUCUCCUUCUAUGCACUCCACCUUGGGGUUGAUUAUUUUUGACAGCAAGAUGCUCAUGACUUCCUUCCUUAGUUGUCGAUUUCAACACAUUAGAAGGGAAGGAAACUCUGUUGCUCAUGAAUUGGCGAAACGGGCCAUCCAAGCAGAAGCUGACGAGUUGCUGAUAUACCUGAGCUUAUAGUGCAAUUUGUAAUGAGGGACAAGUCCAAUAUCUAAUCAUGUCUUCCCUAUUUUCCCUUAUUUAUCAAUAAAAUAUGCGCACUCUU